GACGACUAUGUGUUCCACGCAGGUCGCAGACUAUACCGGCAACAACCCCGAUCCCUAUAUAAGCGCCUACUAUGAGAUGCCGCCGCGUCAGCAACCCACCAUAUCAGUUCGACCACCGUCAGACAUCCAUCCAGCGUUACGAGAUGUUGACCCACAAGAAAGCCACCCGGAGUCGACGGGCCAACAUGCAGGCGAGUGGGGUAAACCGCCUCAGCCGCCCCCUCGGGCUCGUUAAGAACGAAGAGUGUCAGCAAUGUCCCAAAAACCGAAUGAAUCAGUAUGACUAUAAAUGACAGAAAAGGUGCGGCGUAUAUGGGAUUCUAAUCUGUUCGGUCGUUCUCUACAGUUCAUUUUGCUGCUAUCCAAUGAUUGUGUUAAAGAGGCUAUUCGCAUUUAUCAUCAUUUGAAGGCUUUCCAUUGCAUGUGUUACAUAGCGAUCCUGAAAUGAUACACAACUCUGAUAUCUCUACAAUUUCAUCUUGAUCUUCACUUGCUCCAUGUUGUCGUUAUUGU